UCGUUAAGUGUGCGCGACGACUUGAGUUAAGGUUAGCCCCCUUCUACCGGCGUUGAUUAUUCUGUUGCUAAAACUUGUGGAAAACACUCUUCAAAAUGUCUAUGCUAAGAAACAUACUUAGGUUAUCUGGCUCCGUAAGGACAUGCCAAAGUAGACUCAGAGUACCACAGCCGGUUAGAUUCUAUGCAGAGGAUGCAGCUAAACCAGUAGCGGCGACGCAAAUGUCGUUUACAUUUGGCAUGCCGGGACAGAUGUUUUACAGUGAUGCAGACGUGAAGCAGGUGGAUGUACCCUCGGGCACCGGAACCUUCGGCAUUCUUGCCCAACACGUCCCCUCACUGGCUGUCUUGAAACCUGGUGUCCUCAGCGUACUGGAGCAUGAUGGCUCCAUCAAUAAAUUUUUUGUGAGCAGUGGUUCUGUGACAGUCAACGAAGAUUCAUCAGUGCAGAUCCUAGCAGAGAUGGCCGUGCCUGUAGACAAACUAGAUCCUGCAGCAGUUAAAGAAGGCUUGUCCAAGGCCCAACAAGAACUAGCCGCUGCCAGCACAGACCUAGCCAGAGCAGAGGCCCAAAUAGCCAUAGAUGCACACGAAGCUAUGGACCAAGCCAUUGCUGGCAAAUAAAGAGGCUAGCGUCCGGUCUUCUUGUGUAUAGAAUAUGAUUUUAGUUUUCUGGAGGUUAGCAACGGAAGGACGUUUAUCCAAGGCUUGAAUUUGGUGGUUUUUUUUUCUGAAACUGAGCGACAGGCCAGCCAGUGGUUUCUUAGAAAGUGUUGUGCAGUUGGAUGAAAGAUGAAAUCAGGCUUAGUAUAUACUGAUAGGAAUAUCAAUAUGAAUUACUACGCCAUUUUAAAAGUUUGUCAGAACAUUGAUUUUGUUUAAUUGGGCGUCAGUCUCAAUGAAAAGUGAUUUUUGUUCAAACAAUUCCAACUUGUUUUCCAAUAAUUCCUCACUUUAGUUCCACUUUCCGAAACAAGAGAACGUUUGCGUUGAAAAAAAUAUACAAUUCCAACAGGAUGAAAUA